AGCAUUCUCAAGAACCGGUUGUAAAUUAUGGCAUCAGUUGCUAGAUUGGACGGAAAAGUCGCGCUUAUUACAGGAGCCAGCUCUGGUAUUGGUGCAGGGACAGCCAUCUUGUUUUGUAAACUGGGAGCAGAGGUUGCCAUUACUGGUAGAAAUGUUGACAAUUUGUCCAAAACAGCAGCUGAGUGUGAAAAAGAAAAUGGAAAGAAGCCCUUUACACUUGCUGGUGAUUUGACCAAUGAAGAUUUUGUGAAACAGCUUGUAGAGGAAACAGUUAAGCAUUAUGGAAAAUUAGACAUUCUGGUCAAUGAUGCAGGGAUAGUAAAAAGUGGAACCAUUGAAACAACAUCACUAGAGCAGUAUGAUGAAGUCAUGAAUAUCAAUGUUAGAUCUAUUUAUCAUUUGACUAUGCUUGCAGUUCCUCAUCUCAUCAAAACAAAAGGAAGCAUAGUGAAUGUAUCUAGUGUCAAUGGAGUAAGAUCUUUUCCUGGAGUUCUUGCAUACUGCAUGUCAAAAAGUGCUGUAGACCAAUUCACCAGAUGCACAGCCAUAGAGUUGGCUCCAAAACAGGUUAGAGUUAACAGUGUUAACCCGGGAGUGAUUUUAACAGAGAUCCACAAAAGAGGGGGAAUGGAUGAGGAGGCUUACCAGAAGUUUCUAGAGCGCACUAAAACUACACAUGCACUAGGGCGCCCUGGACAAGUAGAGGAGGUCGCUAACACAAUAGCGUUUCUAGCGUCAGACAGCGCUUCCUUUAUCACAGGGGUGCAGAUUCCAAUCGACGGAGGAAGGCAUGCACUCUGUCCACGAUAACUUCGAGAAUCUUAGACCUUCUAAAAGAAAAAUUAAUAUAAAACUGUGUUUGUAUUCAGUGCAGAGAAUUUUUUAUUUAUUCUGUUAAGAUUUACAUGUUUAUUUGUGAUAACAAAACUACUAUCGUACUAGUAAAUUCUAUGACAGGAGUACAUUUGUAAGCUGAAUGGAGACACAUUCCAAAUACAGACUUUGUGAUUUUAGUCGGAGGAAAUAAUUUUUUCUCCCUGUGUAGAAUUUGUAAUUUUAUCAAGAAAUUGCAAGAUUAAAAC